GCCAUCUAAACCAUGCAAACCACAGAGAGAGCAGCCGCUCACAGGUUUGAUUGGGCCUGGGUCUAGGAGCACACACCCAACGCAGCCUACAAAGCCUGGGGCUCAGCGAGGCUGCACAGAGCAGGGCGUGCAGCGGUGUGGCCGACCUCCCCGCAGCGACCACCGAUUGCAUUAUCUCCUUCGACACAAAGGAAGAAUUGAGUAAAGAUGGCACUUGCAAGCACAGUUCCCCACACUGGCAAGACCAGCCUGGAUUACUACAGGAAUGACAGCGCAGGGCUGUCUGUCAUUGGGAACCUCGCCAACGACACAGAGCUCAUGUGUGACAGGAGGCAGGUCUGGCAGUUUGCUCGAGCCUUCUUGCCCGUGUUUUUCUGGCUCAUCUUCUUUGUGGGCACGGUGGGAAAUGCCUUGGUCGUUCUCAUCUACUGCAAAUACCGCUUCAGGAGGAGCAUGAUGGACCGCUACCUGCUGCACUUAGCUGUUGCAGAUCUGCUCCUCCUUUUCACCCUUCCUUUCUGGGCCACGGCUGCCUCCAGUGGAUGGAUCUUCAGAAAUUUCAUGUGCAAAGUGGUCAAUAGCAUGUAUAAGAUCAACUUCUACAGCUGCAUCUUGUUUCUAACAUGCAUCAGUUUUGACAGGUACAUCACCAUUGUUCAAGCAACAAAAGCUAAAUCUUCCAAGCAAAGGCGGAUCCUGCGCAGCAAACUUGUGUGCUUGGCUGUCUGGCUGGCAUCUGUCAGCCUGUGCCUCCCUGAGAUAAUGUACAGCCAGAGCAAGCAGAUCGGUGCUGUGACGGUGUGCAAAAUGACAUACCCGCCCAACGUUGGCACGGCCUUCAGAGUUGCUGUCCUGGCUCUGAAGGUCACUAUAGGCUUCUUCCUCCCGCUUUUGGUUGUGGUUAUUUGCUACACCCUGAUCAUCCACACCCUUCUCCAAGCCAAAAGAUGCCAAAAGCAGAAGUCAUUAAAGAUCAUCACCAUGAUCAUCACUGCCUUUCUUCUCUCUCAGUUCCCAUACAACAUUGUUUUGCUGAUCAAGACCAUCAACAUGUACACCGGGGCGGUGUACAGCUGCCAGACCAUCAAUGGGCUGGACAUUGGGCUGCAGGUCACCCAGAGCAUUGCCUUCCUCCACAGUUGCCUCAACCCCUUCCUCUAUGUCUUUGCUGGGGAACGUUUUAGGAUGGCACUGGUCAGGAUGGUGCGGAGCACUGGCCGCUAUUGGCCUGGAGGCCAGGAGCAGUGCUCCUCCUUGGGUGACAGCCAGGAGCACAGCUCCAACUGGUCCUUUGCCAUGCUGGGGCGGCGGCGGGUGAGGAACUCACUCACCCUCAGCACCCAUUUGGCCUCCUCUGUUGUUCCUGCCUCAUGCCAAGUCUUUGUGUAAGCCAGUGUCUCUUGAGGGUUAUCAAGCAUGUCCUUUCAGACAUCACUCCUGCACCCCAAAGAUUGCCUUGGUUGUGUCCAGGACUAAGCAGGGACACUGAGGGCCCUACAUGUGCUUCCUUUGUGCCCUGCCAAGCCAGACCAGGCCUCACUCACAUAGGGAAGUGAAACCUUCAGCACCACGCAGCAAAAUGGAGCCAGGCAUGUUGUGAGCCGAGCUGACAAAGGAUAAGAACUAUCUCUGAGGCAGCUCUUAGAACCCAUCCAUUGCUCAAAACACAGCCCAAAUAGCAAGCCUCUCAGAAAAGCCAUAAGCAUCAUGCAAGGAUGAACCACACUUCCAUCCAUGGGAAGUGGUGAGAAGGAGCUGGGCCCUCACUGCAGGACGGCUCCAUGAUAACUCGAUUUUUGGCCAUUGCCUGGUUUCAGAAAGUGAAGGCUGUUUCCUGCACAAAUGGACACAAUACUGCUUUGUGGGACAGUCAAAGGAAAACUAAUAUUCUGUACUCACUACAGGAUUAAAUCCUUCUCCUGUAUUUUAGCUCUUCGAUGUAGGGUGAGAGCAGGUGCAAUGUAUUUGCUGCAGUUUUGUAUUUCUCUGCAUUGACAAGCCACAACUCUCAGUAAGAAUUCAAAGCCACUGGAUGCUCUGAAUUUUCUGUCCCUGAGCACUUAAACCCCAAACUGACAAUUCAAUAAACCAUCAAUUACGGCACUUUUGCAAAGACAACAAAAGACGUUUAACCCAGAACUGAUGAGACAGAGAGUCAUAAGAUCUCAAACCUAUCGUUAGCAACAUUUUGGUUGAGAUGCUCCUCUUGGGGCUGGUGGGGUAGAAGGUGCAUUUAGGUGGGAGCUGCAGCAAACCUACUAGUUUCUUGGGAACUGCGGAUGGGCCAACACUGGCACCAUUAGGGCACGGGAGGUCUGCGGCACCACAAGGCUCCCAGCAGUUCCCACCCCAGGCACCCCCAAGCUUAUGCUGCUUGUUUUAGUGCCCAGCAGGCUUUCUUGUAAAUAACCUAUUUUAAUAAUCUGCUUUGGCGUUAGGUUACUAUCAAUCAUUAAAGCAUCUGAGUAAACACCAGUUUUCUGCAAGGCUUGGCAUUGCUUUCCUAACUAACACAGUAAAUCUGAGUAGAUGGGGUUCUACUUUGACAUACAUUUUUGAGGGUUUUUUAUUGUUCUUCAUUUUUGCCUUAGAGAAAUAAGUGCUGAAAGAGACAUGCAUUUUUUCCUGUAUGUGUAAAGGCGGCGUUUGUGAUUUGCAUGGAGCUCAAAUGGAUCAGAAGCUGAAAUUCCCUUCAAUAAAACAC